AUGCUGUUCCUUGCAGAGACAGGAAAUGCAGCAGUGCUCUGGUUCCACAUGUGCUCCAACGCCUUCUCUGUCUACAUCCUAAACCUGGCUGCUGUUGACUUUCUUUUCCUUUGUAUCCAAGGUUUCCUAGUAACCUGGGUUGGGACCAACAUGGGUAAGUUCUUAUCAUAUGUUCUUCCACUUCCAUAUCUCUGGUCCUCUGGCAACAGCUGCGCCAACACCAUCAUUUACUUCCUCACUGGCUCCUUUAGGCAGCCGCUUCUACAGUGGCCGAGUCUCCAGCUGUUUGUCCAGGGGGCUCUGCAGGAUUCUCCCAAGGAAGAUGAAUGUGGAGACAGCCUUUCUCAGGAAGCCCUGGAGAUGUCAGGCAGCAGAGGAGAUGGUAAUGAAGAUCAGACAGAUUGGCUCUGA